GCGAAUGAAGAACCUAACCGAUGAGCGAUCUAACUUGAAACUAGACAUUAGAGAGACAGUCACUUGGGGCUGGGGCCAUUCCUCAUUCUGCAUAUCCAUCACAGCAUCUCUUUCACACACUGACAUUUCAUUAGAGACAGAGACUCAGGCCUGAUACAUUAUUUAUCCACAUCACAUUGAGAGGGGGAGAGAGAAGGCUAAGAAUAGAAGGGAGGGUAAGGGUUGCCUCAAUUAAUUGUUAAUCAAAGCAGGACUCAGCUUAACACUUGAUUCCAAAAGCCACCACGUCACGUGCUCUAUGCUGUAAAGCACAGACAGACACAAACAGUGGCAGCAAUACUGUGAGAGAAAAUAGAGAAGAAUCCCCGCAGAUUAACCAAAAGCAAGCUUCCUCCACCACCACAACUCAUGACCAGCGAUAAAAGACCCUUUCCGACCCCUCACGCCUUGUCGGCGAACCACCCCAACCUGUUGAGCUCGCCGGGAAGCUUUUAGAGCUUUCCGGUUCUGGUUCUUGGCCGUGCCCAUGAAUUUUGAACCUUGAAGAGAAUUAAAAGCUCAAACCUUUUUCAUUUUCAGCAUUUCGGUUUCUUCUGGGAGUUGGGUUCUUGCCUGCAGAUUUUACAAACUAUUUGGGGAGUUGGAAGUGAAAGCGAUUGGGUAAAUUUUAUACCUUUACGAUAGAUAUGUAUGUGGUUCCUCCGCCCCAGCGGACCGAUCUGGUUUCACGAUCCACCGGCGGGCCCAGUGAUUUGCGGGUAUACCAAGCGUGGAAAGGCAGUAAUAAAUUUUUUCUUCAGGGGAGGUUCAUAUUUGGACCAGAUGUAAGAUCACUGGCACUGACAAUUUUCCUUAUAGUUGCUCCUGUCGCAGUUUUCUGUGUCUUUGUCGCGAGAAAACUGAUGGAUGACUUUUCUGAUCACUGGGGCAUAUCCAUAAUGGCUGUGGCUGUCAUUUUUACAGUUUAUGUUUUGGUUCUUCUGUUGUUAACAUCUGGCAGAGAUCCUGGUAUAAUUCCACGAAAUGCACAUCCUCCAGAGCCAGAAGGCUUUGAUGGUAAUCUAGAUGUUGGGUCUGGUCAAACUCAUCAAUUGCGGUUUCCUCGCAUGAAGGAAGUGGAGGUCAAUGGUAUGAUAGUUAAAAUUAAGUAUUGUGAUACUUGCAUGCUAUACAGGCCUCCUCGGUGUUCACACUGCUCAAUCUGUAAUAACUGUGUAGAACGAUUUGAUCACCACUGCCCCUGGGUUGGGCAGUGUAUUGGGCAGCGUAACUACCGCUUCUUCUUCAUGUUUGUCUUCUCAACCACACUACUUUGUAUAUAUGUUUUUGCAUUUUGCUGGGUUUAUAUUAGAACAAUUAUGAAGUCAGAGGAGACAACAAUCUGGAAGGCAAUGAGCAAAACUCCGGCCUCCAUAGUAUUGAUAGCUUACACUUUCAUAUCUAUUUGGUUUGUUGGUGGCCUUACUGCAUUCCAUUUAUACCUGAUAAGCACAAAUCAGACUACUUAUGAGAACUUCAGAUACAGAUAUGAUCAACGAGCGAACCCUUACAACAAAGGAGUGUUGAACAAUUUUGCAGAGAUAUUCUGCAGUACCAUACCCCCAUCAAAGCACAAUUUCAGGGCGAAGGUGUCAAGGGAACCGGUGUUGCCAACCCGGUCAGUAGGUGGAGGGUUUAUGAGCCCAAGCAUGGGAAAAGCUGUGGAUGACAUAGAAAUGGGGAGGAAAACAGUGUGGGGGGACAUGGGAGGUGGAAUGGAUCGUGGUGAAGGUCAGUUAAACAAUGAACGUGUGACUAUCAAAGAUGGUGACUUGAGCGACUUGCCUGCUGAAUUGAGAGCAACGGUUGAUGAAGCGAGUGAUCGCGGUGGAUUACAUCCCCGGCGAUCCAGCUGGGGAAGAAAAACUGGAAGUUGGGAAAUGUCACCUGAAGUUCUUGCCUUGGCAGCCAGAGUGGGGGAACCAAACCGGGUGGGUGGAGGUAGCAGCAGCGCCAGCUUACCAAAUGAGAACCAAAACCGCCAUAUGUAGUAGUCAAUUGUUAGUGGACGUAAAAGGAUUUAAUUUGGCUGUGACGAACAAGAAAACAAUGCAUCCAAAUAGUUGUACUUGCAUGCAUAAUAUGGGCGUUGUGGGGAUUUGCUGGUGGAUUGUCAUUGUUGUGUCACACAUGGUGCUUUUAGAUAAGAUAGAAGUUGUGUGUUGUUUCCAGAGUGAGUUUUUAUUUUGCCCUGGUGCUGUAUUACACACCUGCCAACUAAUUAUAAUUUGCAUCCCUGAACUUA